UAUUUUUUUUUUUGAGGUAACUACAUUCAUUUGGCACCCCUUGGAUAUCUGCCGCCCGGGACUUACUGUCCCUCGCGAUCCCCCCUCUCGGCGGCACUGCCUCGACCUUGAGGAGAAAAUUAGUAACAAAUAAUGGCAAGCCACGAAGAGUCUUUACUUAGUAAUUUCUGGUCUAGUUUGAAGUUUUCUGCUGAAAGUGCUUCAGGUCGCGAGAAAGCUGACCAACUUCGUUUACUAAUGACAUUUACAAAUGAAUUAUUUAAAAGUAAUCGAUUGAGUAAUGGAGUUUUUAAUGAAAUCAAUUCGAAACUUGCACAUGAUUACUUUGAAGUUGUUGAUACAAUGACUGAAGAUACAGGUCUAAAUAACUAUGGUGAUAUGAUCAAUGUUUUAAUAUCAGGAAAACAAAAUGAUAGCAAAAAUUGGAAAGUAGAAGCAACAGACCUACAGAAGUUAUGUCAUGAUAAAAUGCUAAAAAAAAGUGAACCAGUACAAAUGAGAAUUAACUUAUCAAAGAGGACUAAAGUUUGUCAAUCUGGGAUAGGUCAUAUUGGAUUAAAUGCCAAUAACAUCAGCAGCAAUGGAACAAACAAUAUUAACAACAAUAAAGCAAAUAUAACCAACAACAACAAUCAGACAAAUUUUAAAGCUAAUGCAAGUUUGAGCUCAAAUGGAUCACUUAAUACCAAGUUGGGACCUUGUAAUAUAUCUUCCAGUGAAAUUACAGCAGCUAGUGCAAAAUUAAGACCUUAUCAGCAGUCUUGCAGUACAACUGUUAGCACAAAGCUUAAUGAUUCAUCUUGCUAUGAAAAUAAUAAACCUUUAAAAAACAAACAAAUUACUAUUUACAAAUCUGGUAAACAUAAGUCUUAUGAUGAACAGGAUGAGAGCAUUAAACCAUUUCAUAAGAAAACAUUUUACUCUCCUAAAACAAAAAAUGUAAUGCACAAUGGAAAUAAUUUUAUAGAAAAUCCAAAAGAGUCAAGAAGAGAGAGAUUUAGUUUACCAGAAGAAAACGAAUCACAAGUGAAUCCAUUCAUUCAUCCAUUCAGGACAGCUCGAGAUCAAUUGAUUCUUGACCAACAAAAAAGUGAUAAUGUACAAAGUAGCUCAAUAGGAUAUGGAAACUCAAGGAAAUGUCUCGGAACAAGGAGAAGUGCAAAUAGCAGGUUUGUUCCUCCAAUCAACCAAGAUCAAGAAAAAAACAAUUAUAGUUCAACCAAGGAAACACAUUUAGAUCCAAAAUAUGAGAUGUGUGACUGGUUAAAGAACAUUGAUCCAAAGAUAAUUGAACUCAUAGAAAAUGAGAUCAUGGAUCAUGGUCAAGAAGUUCAUUGGGAAGAUAUUGCUGGUCUUGAGUUUGCAAAAGCAACUAUUCAAGAAAUUGUUAUAUGGCCGAUGCUUAGGCCAGAUAUUUUUACUGGUUUGCGAGGACCACCAAAAGGUUUGUUGUUGUUUGGUCCUCCUGGAACUGGCAAAACUUUAAUAGGAAAAUGCAUAGCCAGUCAAUCUAAUGCAACAUUUUUCAGUAUUAGUGCAUCUUCCCUAACUUCAAAGUGGGUUGGUGAAGGAGAAAAAAUGGUUCGUGCUUUGUUCGGCGUUGCUCGUGUUCACCAACCAGCUGUUAUAUUUAUUGAUGAAAUAGAUUCCUUACUUACUCGUCGUUCUGAUGGUGAGCAUGAAUCAUCAAGGCGUAUUAAAACAGAGUUUCUUGUUCAGUUAGACGGAACAACAUGCUCAAACAAUGAUCGAAUACUUGUUGUAGGUGCUACUAACAGACCCCAAGAGUUAGACGAAGCUGCUCGGCGGCGACUUGUAAAACGUUUAUAUAUUCCUCUCCCAGAAGGCUGUGCAAGACAACAAAUUGUAGAGAAUCUUAUGAAUAAUCAUGCUCAUCAGCUUACAUCUUCGGAUUAUGAUUUAAUUCGUGAAAAAACAAAUGGAUUCUCAGGUGCAGAUAUGGCUAACUUGUGUAGAGAAGCUGCUCUUGGUCCUAUAAGAAUUAUCAGAGAUAUUAGAAGUAUUAAUGCAAACGAGGUUCGCCCGAUUAAUAUUGAUGAUUUUGAGAAUGCGCUUAAACAGAUUCGUCCAAGUGUUUCAAUUAACGAUUUGCAAGUGUAUGUGGACUGGAAUAGGUUAUAUGGGUGCGGUACAUCUGUUACAUGAAUAAAACAGGAAACUGUGUAGUGCAAAAAUUAAAUUUAUGUUUUUUUGGUUUGGUUUGCAGCAUAGUUUAUACUGGUUCAAUAUUUAUUGGUUUAUACUCUCGAAUGUAUUUUAAAAAAAUCAAUUGUAGCUAUUUGUUGUAGCAAGUUUUUAACUUUCUCGUUGCAGUAGAAAGUAAUAAUAAAGUUUCUUUA